CUCAGACCAGCGGAGCCUCUCAGACGUGAUGAAUCUCGGCAGGUGAGCGACGUGCGGCCGGAUGCUCACCUGUGUCGUCCCGCUCGGCUCCUUCACGUGAUGUCCCCUGUCCUACCUGUCGGACCACACCAGGGUCGUGGUUCGGUUCGGCGUGCUGCCCUCCUGCUCCCGGUCUGAUCCAUGCGCAUUGCGCGCGAUGCGGGUGACUCUACUUUGCGCCGGCUGCGCAGCGUCGACGGGAACGUGAACACGUGCACGAGGUGAGAGACGUGACGUGACACGUUGGCGUCAGAUCGUGGAACAUUGUCCGAGCUGCGUGUUUCCAGAGACGGUGACGCGCGGGUGAACUUCCACUUCGACACUUUUCCUGAAACAGCAGCUGCAGCCACGAGAGUCGGUUUCCACGAUUACAACCGGACACCUCCCUCCGUGACCAGAGGGAACGGGACCGGGACCGGGAUCGGGAUCAGGACCGGGAUCAGGACCGGGACCGGGAUCAGGACCGGGAUCAGGACCGGGACCGGGAUCAGGACCGGGAUCAGGACCGGGAUCAGGAUCGGGACCGGGACCGGGAUCAGGGCUGCGGGUCGCAGUCAUGCCUGGUUGAGUCAACGACUCUCCAGUUUUUAAAAAUCAGCCACAUUUCCAGAGGGCAUGGAGAGAAGAGAGGACCCGCUGAGGUCACAGGGAUAAAUAAUUCAGCGGUGGUGGAAGUGCAGUUCCUGCUGGGCAGAGGAUGGCCUGCUGGAGGCAGGGCGCCACCCUCCUGCUGGUGCUGCUGGUCCUGCAGCCGGUCGCCGGGCGAUCGUCUCGCCACCGCAGUUUGAGACGUCUGACCCGAGGGCACCACGAGCGCCGGCCGCACCAGAACAUCACGCUGGCUGUCAUUUUGCCACAGAGCAACACAGAAUACCCGUGGGCUUGGCCUCGCAUCGGUCCCGCCCUGGAGCGGGCUGUUAGAACCGUCAACGCCGACCCCACCCUGCUCCCCGACCACCACCUCACCUACGCCUUCAAGAACAGCGAAGACAAGGACGGCAUCUGCUCCGAGUCCAUCGCCCCGCUCAUGGCUGUGGACCUCAAACUGGCCCACGACCCGUGGGCUUUCAUCGGGCCCGGCUGCUCCUACACCUCCUCCCCUGUCGGCCUCUUCACCACCCACUGGGAUGUCCCCAUGGUUACAGCAGGCGCUCCGGCCGUGGCCUUCUACGGUGGGGUUUACCCGUCCAUCACCAACACGGGCCCCACCCACAAGAAGCUGGGGAAGUUUGCGCUGCGGAUCUGCGAGCACUUUGGUUGGCGGGAGCACGUGAUGCUCAUGUUCAGCGACAACAAGGUGGACGACCGGCCGUGUUACUUCGCCGUGGAGGGUUUGUACACGGAGCUGAAGAGCAUCAACAUCACCCUGGUGGACCGCGUGUUCGAGGAGAACAAGCCGCCAAUCAACUACUCCCAGAUCCUGUUGGACAUUCAGAACGACGGCCGAGUGAUGUUCGUCUGCUGCUCGCCCGACGUCUUCAGGAAGCUGAUGGUCCAGUUCCGGCGUGCGGACCUCCCUCACGAGCAGUACGUCUUCUUCUACAUCGACGUGUUCGCGGACAGCCUGAACUCCAAGCACCGGCAGCCGUGGGCCCGCGGAGACGAGGACGACGCCGUCGCCAAGGAGGCCUUCCAGAGUGUGAAGAUCUUGACGUACCGAGAACCUCAGAACGUCGAGUACAGAGACUUCGUCAACAACCUGAAGACGGACGCCAGGAAGAUGUUUAACUUCACCAUCGAGGACACGCUGAUGAACAUCAUUGCUGGAGGCUUCUAUGACGGCCUGAUGCUCUACACCCACGCUCUGAACGAGAGCAUGUCCGCGUCCGGCGGUCGACCUCCGGGCAAAGUGGUCACCAAGAGGAUGUGGAAUCGAACCUUCCAAGGUGUGACGGGCCUCGUCCACCUGGACGAGAACGGAGACCGAGAGACGGACUUCGCUCUGUGGGACAUGGUCGACGCCAACACCAGCACCUUCCAGAUAGUUUUGGUGUACAACAGUUCCGAGGAGCAGCUGACGGUCAUACCUGGGACCACGCUCCACUGGCCGGGCGGAGCUCGUCCCCCCGACGUUCCCGUCUGCGGCUUCAAGAAUGAAAACCCCGUCUGCGUCGCGAAAACGAUCACGAUCCACCAGAUGGUUUCCAUCGUGCUCUUCUUCAUCUUCACCAUGACGCUCACCGUCACCGUCUUCGUCUACAGGAGGAUGAAACUGGAGAAGGAGCUCGUGGCUCAGCUCUGGAGAAUCAGCUGGGACGACAUUCAGAUGAGCAACAUGGACAAAGUUCUGCGCAGCGGCAGCAGGAUCACACUGUCACUGAGAGGAUCGAACUACGGCUCCCUGAUGACAGCAGAUGGAAACAUGCAGGUGUUCGCAAAGACCGGUUACUACAAGGGAAACAUCAUCGCCAUCAAAUACACCAACAGGAAGCGAGUGGAGCUGAACAGGGAAGUUCUGUUUGAGCUGAAACACAUGCGCGACGUCCAGAACGAACAUCUGACUCGUUUCAUCGGAGCUUCUGUCGACCCCCCGAACAUCUGCAUCAUCACAGAGUACUGCCCCCGAGGCAGCCUGCAGGACAUCCUGGAGAACGACAGCAUCACUCUGGACUGGAUGUUCAAAUAUUCUCUCAUCAAUGACAUCGUGAAGGGCAUGGUCUUCCUCCACAACAGCGUUAUCCUCUCUCACGGUAAACUCAAGUCGUCCAACUGCGUCGUGGACAAUCGCUUUGUCCUGAAGAUCACCGACUACGGUCUGUCCAGCUUCCGCUUCGACGGCGACUCUUGGACCGACGCUCACGCCUACUACGCCCAGCGACUGUGGAUGUCUCCGGAGCUGCUCAGGUCGGAGGCUCCGCCCCCUCAGGGAACACAGAAAGGAGACGUCUACAGCUUCGGCAUCAUCCUCCAGGAGGUGGCGCUGCGCCGAGGAGCCUUCUUCCUGGACGGAGACCCGCUCAGCGCCAAAGAGAUCGUGGACCGGGUGGUUCUGGGCGAGUGGCCCUGUCUGAGGCCGAGCGUCGACCCGCAGAGUCACAGUCCGGAGCUGGGUCAGCUGAUGCAGCGCUGCUGGGCUGAGGAGCCGACGGAGAGGCCGGAGUUCAGCCACAUCCAGCUGCUGCUGCGCAAACAGAACAAGGAGUCAAGGACCAACAUCCUGGACAACCUGUUGUCCCGGAUGGAGCAGUACGCCAACAACCUUGAGGAGCUGGUGGAGGAAAGAACUCAGGCCUAUCACGAAGAAAAGCGCAAAGCCGAGGCUCUACUGUACCAGAUACUACCACAUUCAGUAGCAGAACAGUUGAAACGUGGUGAGACGGUUCAGGCCGAAGCCUUCGACUCCGUCACCAUCUACUUCAGCGACAUCGUGGGCUUCACUGCCAUUUCUGCAGAGAGCACGCCAAUGGAGGUGGUGACGCUGCUCAACGACCUCUACACAUGUUUCGAUGCCAUCAUCGACAACUUUGAUGUUUACAAGGUGGAGACCAUCGGCGACGCCUACAUGGUGGUGUCCGGGCUGCCGGUCAGGAACGGGAAGCUGCACGGCCGAGAGAUCGCCCGCAUGGCGCUCGCCCUGCUGGACGCCGUCCGCACCUUCAGGAUCCGCCACCGAGCAGAGCAGCAGCUGAGACUGAGGAUCGGAAUCCACAGCGGCCCAGUGUGUGCAGGAGUGGUAGGCCUGAAGAUGCCACGAUACUGUCUGUUCGGCGACACUGUCAACACGUCGUCACGGAUGGAGUCCAGCGGCGAAGCGCUGAAGAUCCACGUGUCGGCGGCGACUCGCGACGUCCUGCUGGAGUUCAACUGCUUCCAGCUGGAGCUGAGAGGAGACGUCGACGUCAAGGGCAAAGGCAAGAUGACCACCUAUUGGCUGCUGGGCGAGAGCGACGGCCAAUGACCACAGACCCCCACGGACUAGAGGAGGAGACGAAGAACACGUCCGGUGGUCUCUUCAUCCUGCAGAUGAUCGGACUCAUCGCCUCCCAAGUCCACCUGGGUGGUUUCAGAUUCCACAACGUGGGAGGAAGAGAGCAGCGGUACAUUAGUAUCUCCCGUCGGAUGUGGACGGGAGAUGGAUCACGGAGGCUGAAACCUGCAGAACCAGAUAGAACGGACUCUGAAUGUUCUGUGGUCCAGGUCUUUUAAUAUGUUACACCUUUGCCAUUUAAAUUGAGUUUUAGGAAGAAAAUCUGAAUUUGUGUUUCUUCACAGCUGACUUGAAUUCCCAUGUCCAGAAACCACAUUAUUUAACAUCUACUUUGGUUUUUCUUUUUUUUUUACUUUGGUCCAUGGCCCAUCUGCUAACAUAAAGGGGGCGGGGCUUAUGAGCUAUACUGCAGCCAGACACCAGGGGCGAUCAGGAUGAUUUGGCUUCACAGCACAACUUCCCCACCUCCAGCUCAUGAGCCUCACCAUGAACCUCUUGGGACUGAUCCCAAGUAGUGAAUGAGAAGAAAUAAAUAAAAAUGAAUUUAUUUGUGUGCAGCUGUUCAGGAGUUAUUUUGAGAAUGGCCGUUUUUCUGUAAAUGUACAAAAUGUCCCUGUGAUUUUAAAGGAGCAGUGCGUAGGAUUUAGUGCCCUCUAGUGGGGAAGUUACAGAUUUCUCUGGGUUUGUCACUUCCAGGCUACUGUAUAAAAACAUGGCGCACUCCCUGGACCUGCGGUCAUGUCGAUAUGAGGGCUCUGUGAAAUCAACUAACACAAAACUAUUCUUUAGUUUCAGUUGAUAUUACCUCUUAUUACAAUGUUAUUUCGACAGUAGAUCCUCCCGCAUUCUUCACACUGGACGUUUUAAAAGUUUUGUUUGAGUUACAUUAGGGAACGGCACGUACUUGUUUCACACUCGGUACAACACUUGGUCUUCACGUCAACCAGGCUAAGUUCUUCCUCACAGAGGCGUGACAGCACAGGGAGCUGAGACCCUGUUUGCAGGCUGGACAGGCGGGGAUCAAACCCGCGACCCCCAACACCCCGAAGCUGCAAACGGGACAAACGCACUGCAGCUGUUAAGCGGGAACAAAAAAUAUUUUCUUGGACUCGUCAGAGAAUGGACGGAUUCCUGAAGUGAAAAAUGUAAACGUGUCUCAAUGUACAAAAUAUCUGAUAUUUUUUAUAUAUUGUGUCAUUAAAGUGGACUAGACGAGGAAAGUUAGAGCCUCGUGUAGGAGAGCAGUCUCAGAAUAUUUUGGGAGAAUUGUCUUGAACAUAAGCAUUUUGUAUGUGAAGUGUUCACCUGUAACCUGCGACCAUUUAAAGACUGUCAGCUUUGUGCCGUCAGUCGUUUUGGUAAAAAUUAAAAAUUUUGAUGUUUGA